AUGGCAUCGCCAGCCGUCUUAAUGAAAGAAGCUAUCAACCUUAAACACACCAACAAGGAAAAUGCCACAGAAAUUCUGUCACGUAUUGUGAAACAAGACAUUAAAGAGGCUGAUGAUGAAGCAAUCAGGGUUAAAGAGCAGGCUAUUCUUGAAGUUGGAAAUUUGUUUGCAGAACAGAAGAAAGCAGACGAAUUGGCCAACUUGAUCAAAUAUGUGCGUCCGUUCCUGAACAUGGUGAGCAAAGCCAAGGCAGCAAAACUGGUCCGUGCUCUUGUGGAUCUUUUUCUGGAUAUGGAAGCAGGAACAGGCAAUGAGGUAGAGCUAUGUAAAGAGUGUAUACAGUGGGCUAAAGAUGAACGGAGAACAUUUUUACGUCAGUCACUAGAGGCUAGGCUGAUAUCACUUUACUUUGAUACCAAACGGUACCAGGAGGCGUUACAGUUAGGUUCUUCCCUGUUGAGAGAACUGAAAAAGUUAGACGACAAGGCUUUGCUUGUGGAGGUACAGCUGUUGGAGAGCAAGGUUUAUCAUGCACUGAGCAACUUGCCAAAAGCCAGGGCAGCCCUUACAUCAGGUCGAACCACAGCCAAUGGUAUUUAUUGUCCUCCAAAACUGCAGGCUGCUUUAGACCUGCAAUCUGGAAUCCUUCAUGCUGCCGAUGAGAGGGACUUCAAAACAGCUUUCUCAUAUUUUUAUGAAGCUUUUGAAGGAUAUGAUUCCAUUGACAGUCCAAGAGCAGUGAUUGCACUCAAGUAUAUGUUGCUAUGUAAAAUUAUGCUCAACCUUCCAGAUGAAGUGCAAGCAAUUGUCAGUGGCAAGUUAGCCCUCAAGUACAGCGGGCCUGAAGUGGAGGCCAUCAAGAGCAUUGCACGAGCCAGUCACAAUAGAUCUUUAGCAGAAUUUCAGACAACACUGACAUCAUACAGAACUCAGCUGGAAGAUGACCCUAUUGUGGAAGCUCACCUCAAGACCCUGUAUGAUAACCUCUUGGAGCAGAAUCUGUGCCGAAUCAUUGAACCCUUCUCCAAGGUCCAGAUCCAGCAUGUCGCUGACAUCAUCAAACAGCCAGUUGUAAUUGUAGAAAAGAAGUUGUCACAGAUGAUAUUGGACAAAAAGUUCCACGGUAUCCUGGAUCAAGGGGCUGGUGUUCUCAUUGUUUUUGAAGAUUCACCUUCAGACAAAACCUACGCAAACGCCCUAGAGACUAUUCACAACAUGAGCAAGGUGGUCGACGCCCUCUAUCAAAAGAUUAAGAAGCUGACAUAG